CUGAGCUGGUCUGUGAGGGAGGGGCUGUAGCUCUGAGGAAUAAACAGUUAGCAGUGUUAGCAGUGUUAGCAGCGUCUCAGUAACACUGCGGUCUGUAAUCCUUCACCGAGGGAAUAAACGCGGUAUAAAGUGUAUAAACCCGCGGUUUCUCACACUUUUACCGCUCCGGUUUCAGCGCACAGCCGCAUGCAGGAACCGCCGCGGUGAGCACAGAGACCCGGAGUUGAGCUCUACAUUAGCAUAGCAUAGCAUAACAUAACAUAGCAUAGCAUAGCCACUGUAGUGAAAUAUAAACCACUAAACCAAUUAAUAGUUUAAUUAACAGUCAGAUGGAGGGAGAUGAGUGUGAUUUCUCCUCAGAGCCGUCUGAGAUUUCACACUCAAACAGAGGAAGUGUUUCUUCAUCAGUCACUAGGGCUCAGGAUGUGUUGGUGUACCUGGUGAGUGAUGGGGCAGUGCAGGUGUGUGUGGAGAGUGUGAGUUGUGUGUGUGUACAGGAGCUGGGCCGCAGUGUGAGAGAUGCCCUCAACAUUCCCGAUUCUGCUCAGGACGUGUUUGCAUUCUGGCUGUGUUCACAACUACUGGAGCUGCAGUUGAAGCCUAAACACCAGCCGUAUAAACUGUGCCGUCAGUGGCAGGACCUGCUGUACCGCUUCACCCUCGCACACACAGACGAAAUCACUCUCGAUGAGCCGUGUCUGCAGUACAGAAGGAAUGUUUUUUACCCCAAAUCUAAAGAACUACAGGUGGAGGAUGAGUGUGUGUUACGGCUCCUGUAUGAUGAGGCUAAAUUAAACGUCAUCGAAGGCCGGUACCCAUGUGACCCUGAGCACUGGAGUCGAUUGGCUGCUUUAUCAUGCGCUAUAGAGAUCGGUACAGGACUUGACGACCAGCAACUGACCACUGCUAUCAGAGACAGGAAGUUGUCGUCGCUGUUACCAGCUCAUGUAGUAGAUGGUCUAGGGGCAGGGCUUUUCUCCACCCUGAGGUCGAGGGCGGGGCGUCGAGCCGAACUGGAGCAGAAUCUACUGAAGGAGUAUCACACACUGAACAUGCACACUGAGCCCCGCCCACUUAUUCUCCAGUACCUCAGCAUCUGCCACACACUGCCUUAUUAUGGGUGUGCGUUUUUCACAGGUGAGAUUGAUAAGCCGGCUCAGGGGCUGCUGCAUCGUGGGGGGCGUAAGGCGGUGAGUGUAGGCAUCAGUUUGGAGGGAGUGUACGUCAUCGACACUAAGGAGAAGCAUGUGCUCCUGGGCCUGCGCUUCUCUGAGCUGUCGUGGGAUCACACGUACCCUGACAAUCAGGGAGACUCGCACAUCCUGUGGCUGGAGUUUGAUGGAGAGGAAGAUGGAACACCUGUCAAUAAAUUACUGAAGAUUUACUCCAAACAGGCGGAGCUGAUGAAUGGUCUGAUAGAGUUCUGUGUGGAAUUGCGCUCUGUCGGUGAUGCGGCUGCGUCCCAAAUGGCUUCAGCUGCGGAGGACUGUGUGGAUGGAGCGAGCAGGAGGCGGGUGGGGAAAGUGCACAGACAGAACAGUGUAGUGUGCAGCAGAGUGCACACUCUGAGCACCAUUAGCUACGUUGAUGACGGUAAAGAAAUAAAGCGUCUGAAACCGAAGAGAGCAGCGUCCUUCUUCACCAAACAGACUCCUCCCACUUACACUGCUGUCCAGGUGACUGACAACCUGGAGCAGAGCUGAAACACUGCCCUCUAUAGAGUAAAGACCAAACACACACACACACACACACACACACACACACACACACACACACACACACACACACAGAUUCUGGUGAUGAAGGGAUAGACAGACUGGACCAUGAUGGAGCAGGGUGUGUGAGUAGCAGGUUACAGUGUCGAUGCUGAGAUGUUUCUCCUCUAUGCAAAGAGCACAAUACCACCUGGAGAAGGAAACUCAUCAACCUGUCUCUCCUACCGCGGUGCCAGAACAUCUUACCUCCACGUGUUUCACCAGUGCUUUA